UUGGUACCCUCCACUGACCCUACACCCAGGUCUGCUACUGCUGUGCUUGUGGCUUUAGGAUGAAAGGUGAGACUCCGGUGAACAGCACUAUGAGUAUUGGGCAAGCACGCAAGAUGGUGGAACAGCUUAAGAUUGAAGCCAGCUUGUGCCGGAUAAAGGUGUCCAAGGCAGCCGCAGACCUGAUGACUUACUGUGAUGCCCACGCCUGUGAGGAUCCCCUCAUCACCCCUGUGCCCACUUCGGAGAACCCCUUCCGGGAGAAGAAGUUCUUCUGUGCUCUCCUCUGAGCUCCCCUGUCCCUUCUCACAACUCCUCCCUUUUCCUUCUCCUGGGCCCUUCCUUAGGUCAGUAAUUGACAUGAGCCCCUGAGGCUCCCUGCAUCCCAUCCCUAACCCUUGCCUGACCAUGUGAGGUUAUCUGAAGCACAAGGCCCACCCUCAUCUGUCGACCCCAUUUCCUUCCACCUUUGUGGCCGACCCCAAGCACCCCAGACAUAUGAGGCACCCUUUGCUCCACCCACAGCAAGGCCCUGUCAGACUCUGCCAGCGUCCUGCCCACUUCCUUUGGUGACCUGCUCAGACAAUGGAGAGAGGGAUGGGCCAGGUUCUUGCUCUCAGUCUCACCUGGAGCUACUGGAGAGUAAAGUCAUUUGAAGAAUAAAGUCAUCCAGAGCCUCAAAAAAAAAAAA